AGGGGAGCGCGCAGCGGGCGGGCUGUUGGAAGGUUCUGGCAGCUGGUGAGGGUGGUUGGGGGGCGGCGGUGCUGCGCGGCUCGAGCGUUCCGCCAUGACCCAAAUAGCAGCCAAGCUUUUCAGUGAUGCCGUUCAACUUGGUUCUUGAGCUUUCAGUCUUACAUGUGUUCUGUGGACACCCUGCAUGAUAUUUGCCUGGAGAGAAAAGAAAGUGGCAUCAGCGGAAGUGUGUUCUUCUACACAUCUGUGCAAGGCUCCCAGCUGCUAUUUAGUGGGAACCAGCGUGAACUUGCUCGCCAAAAGAACCUGAAGAAGACUCAGGAAAUCCACAAAGGGAAAAGGAAAGAAGAUAGCUUGUCUGCUUCUCAGAGAAAACAGAGGGACUCUGAAAUCAUGCAGCGGAAACAGAAGGCAGCUAACGAAAGGAAGUCUCUGCAGGCAGAAGCAAAAUGAACCAUCCCUGCAGAGCAGAUAGGAGUGCAUCGCUGAAGCAGAAAGGCCUAGAGGAUUAUUCAUGAAAAUGCCCGGCCAUUAAAUGAUUUAAGUGUUAAUCUUGCAGCCUCGUUCAGCUAGCAUUAGUUUGUCCUCUGGUUAGCAUAGGCUUAGUUGUUUGGAAUGCUGUUCCCAAGCCAACUGCUCUGCAUGCAUAGGAAUGGUAGUACCGGGCGGUCGCUGUGCUACAGCUUGUGCUGCGUCUGUAGCUUUCACUGAACGGUUCCAGUAAUGAGUUUGUAAACCUACAGUUAGACCGGAUUUUAUUUGUUGUAAUUCCAGACGCUCCGUCUGGUUUGCAGUGGAACACGCUUGUAACACGAGCUCAGAUGUGUGGGGACCUGACCCGAGAUGUGCGUUCACCCCUAUUUAGCUAUUUUUACAAUAAAACCUUGCAUGAAA